GACAGCGGCUCUGGGCGGCCGGGGAGCAAUGCCCGCGCGGCUACGCUGAAUGGCGCCUCCUCUGCGACCCCUCGGCCGGCUGCGACCGCCGGGGAUGCUGCUCCGCGCGCUCCUGCUCCUGCUGCUGCUCGGUCCUGUGCCAGGAGCGUGGUGCUUUAGCGAACUGUCUUUUGUAAAAGAACCACAGGAUGUAACUGUCACAAGAAAGGACCCAGUCGUUUUAGAUUGCCAGGCUCACGGAGAAGUUCCUAUUAAGGUCACAUGGUUGAAAAAUGGAGCAAAAGUGUCUGAAAAUAAACGGAUCGAGGUUCUUUCUAACGGCUCUUUAUACAUCAGUGAGGUGGAAGGCAGGCGAGGAGAGCAGUCCGAUGAAGGAUUUUAUCAGUGCUUGGCAAUGAACAAAUAUGGAGCCAUUCUUAGUCAAAAAGCUCAUCUUGCCUUAUCAACUAUUUCUGCAUUUGAAGUUCAGCCAAUUUCCACAGAGGUGCACGAAGGUGGAGUUGCUCGAUUUGCAUGCAAGAUUUCAUCCCACCCUCCUGCAGUUAUAACAUGGGAGUUCAAUCGGACAACUCUACCUAUGACUAUGGACAGGAUAACUGCCCUACCAACAGGAGUAUUGCAGAUCUAUGAUGUCAGCCAAAGGGAUUCUGGAAAUUAUCGUUGUGUUGCUGCCACUGUAACCCACCGACGUAAAAGUAUGGAGGCCUCGCUAACUGUAAUUCCAGCUAAGGAGUCUAAAUCCUUCCACACACCAAUAAUUAUAGCAGGUCCACAGAACAUAACAACAUCUCUUCAUCAGACUGUCGUUUUGGAAUGCAUGGCCACAGGAAAUCCCAAACCAAUCAUUUCUUGGAGCCGCCUUGAUCACAAAUCCAUUGAUGUCUUUAAUACUCGGGUACUUGGAAAUGGUAAUCUCAUGAUAUCUGAUGUCAGGCUACAACAUGCUGGAGUAUAUGUUUGUCGGGCCACUACCCCUGGCACACGCAACUUUACAGUUGCUAUGGCAACUUUAACUGUAUUAGCUCCUCCUUCAUUUGUUGAAUGGCCAGAAAGUUUAACAAGGCCUCGAGCUGGCACUGCUCGAUUUAUGUGUCAGGCAGAAGGAAUCCCCUCUCCCAAGAUGUCAUGGUUGAAAAAUGGAAGGAAGAUACAUUCGAAUGGUAGAAUUAAAAUGUACAACAGUAAAUUGGUAAUUAACCAGAUUAUUCCUGAAGAUGAUGCUAUUUAUCAGUGCAUGGCUGAGAAUAGCCAAGGAUCUAUUUUAUCUAGAGCCAGACUGACUGUGGUGAUGUCAGAAGACAGACCCAGUGCUCCCUAUAAUGUACAUGCUGAAACCAUGUCAAGCUCAGCCAUUCUUUUAGCUUGGGAGAGGCCACUUUAUAAUUCAGACAAAGUCAUUGCCUAUUCUGUACACUACAUGAAAGCAGAAGGUUUAAAUAAUGAAGAGUAUCAAGUAGUCAUUGGAAAUGACACAACUCAUUAUAUUAUUGAUGACUUAGAGCCUGCCAGCAAUUAUACUUUCUACAUUGUAGCAUAUAUGCCAAUGGGAGCCAGCCAGAUGUCUGACCAUGUGACACAGAAUACUCUAGAGGAUGUUCCUCUGAGACCUCCUGAAAUUAGUUUGACAAGUCGAAGUCCCACUGAUAUUCUCAUCUCCUGGCUGCCAAUCCCAGCCAAAUAUCGGCGGGGCCAAGUGGUGCUGUAUCGCCUGUCUUUCCGCCUAAGUACUGAGAAUUCCAUCCAAGUUCUGGAGCUCCCGGGGACCACGCAUGAGUACCUGUUGGAAGGCCUGAAACCUGACAGUGUCUACCUGGUUCGGAUUACUGCUGCCACCAGAGUGGGGCUGGGAGAGUCAUCAGUAUGGACUUCACAUAGGACGCCCAAAGCUACAAGCGUGAAAGCCCCUAAGUCUCCAGAGUUGCAUUUGGAGCCUCUGAACUGUACCACCAUUUCUGUGAGGUGGCAGCAAGAUGUAGAGGACACGGCUGCUAUUCAGGGCUACAAGCUGUACUACAAGGAAGAAGGGCAGCAGGAGAAUGGGCCCAUUUUCUUGGAUGCCAAGGACCUACUCUAUACGCUCAGUGGCUUAGACCCCAGAAGAAAAUAUCAUGUGAGACUCCUGGCUUACAACAUAGAAGAUGGCUAUCAGGCAGAUCAGACUGUCAGCACUCCAGGAUGCGUGUCUGUUCGUGAUCGCAUGGUCCCUCCUCCACCACCACCCCACCAUCUCUAUGCAAAGGCUAACACCUCAUCUUCCAUCUUCCUGCACUGGAGGAGGCCGGCAUUCACCGCUGCACAAAUCAUUAACUACACCAUCCGCUGUAAUCCUGUUGGCCUGCAGAAUGCUUCUUUGGUUCUGUACCUUCAAACAUCAGAAACUCAAAUGUUGGUUCAAGGUCUAGAACCAAACACCAAAUAUGAAUUUGCUGUUCGAUUACAUGUGGAUCAGCUUUCCAGUCCUUGGAGCCCUGUAGUCUACCAUUCUACUCUUCCAGAAGCACCAGCAGGCCCACCAGUUGGAGUAAAAGUGACAUUGAUAGAGGAUGACACCGCCCUGGUUUCUUGGAAACCCCCUGAUGGCCCAGAAACAGUUGUGACCCGCUAUACUAUCUUAUAUGCAUCCAGGAAGGCCUGGAUUGCAGGAGAGUGGCAGGUCUUACACCGUGAAGGGGCAAUAACCAUGGCUUUGCUAGAAAACUUGGUAGCAGGAAAUGUGUACAUUGUCAAGAUAUCUGCAUCCAAUGAGGUGGGAGAAGGACCCUUUUCAAAUUCUGUGGAGUUGGCAGUACUUCCAAAGGAAACCUCUGAAUCAAAUCAGAGGCCCAAGCGUUUAGAUUCUGCUGAUGCCAAAGUUUAUUCAGGAUAUUACCAUCUGGACCAAAAAUCAAUGACUGGCAUUGCUGUAGGUGUUGGCAUAGCCUUGACUUGCAUCCUCAUCUGUGUUCUCAUCUUGAUAUACCGAAGUAAAGCCAGGAAAUCAUCUGCUUCCAAGACGGCACAGAAUGGAACUCAACAGUUACCUCGUACCAGUGCCUCCUUAGCUAGUGGAAAUGAGGUAGGAAAGAACCUGGAAGGAGCUGUAGGAAAUGAAGAAUCUUUAAUGCCGAUGAUCAUGCCAAACAGCUUCAUUGAUGCAAAGGGAGGAACUGACCUGAUAAUUAAUAGCUAUGGUCCUAUAAUUAAAAACAACUCUAAGAAAAAAUGGUUUUUUUUCCAAGACUCAAAGAAGAUACAGGUUGAGCAGCCUCAAAGAAGAUUUACUCCAGCCGUCUGCUUUUACCAGCCAGGCACCACUGUAUUAAUCAGUGACGAAGACUCCCCUAGCUCCCCAGGUCAGACAGCCAGCUUCUCAAGACCCUUUGGUGUUGCAGCUGAUACAGAACAUUCAGCAAAUAGUGAAGGCAGCCAUGAGACUGGGGAUUCUGGGCGGUUCUCUCAUGAGUCCAACGAUGAGAUACAUCUGUCCUCAGUUAUAAGUACCACACCCCCCAACCUCUGAUUCUUUCGCUGGCAGUGAUUCAGGUGGAGAUUCCGCAAUGAGGAAGUGUGAAGACCCUGCCGUGUCACCCGUUGCUGAGCAGACUUCCUCCUCGGUUCUGCAGCCACCAUCUGCCAUGCUGUGCUUUGAUAAAAAUGAUUUUCCAAUCUAGACGGCCAUGCUCAGGUAUUCUCACCAGUAAGUCUGUUCGAAGGACAAUGAACAGGGAGCCAAAGCCUUUUGUGAAACUCUUGAUAUCUUUAUGGGGUAUUUUAGCUUUUUUUGAAUGUGUUUUGUUUUUUAUUUUUAAACUUGUGUAAUUUGAAUGUUUCAUUGUCAGCAAUGUGAAAGAACAGUCGAGAUGUUUGACUGGAUUAUAAACUAUAUCACUGGAGCAAAGGGAAGACUUUGGAAAGCCCCUUUGCUGACUAUCUACCUCAGUUUGCCUCCUGGCAAACUCUGAAGACAACUUUGUUACCUCAUUUGUUGUUAUAGUUUAUCUCAGCUACAUAACCAAUGAUACUUCCUAGUAGUAUUGUGUUUUCAUUGCUGUAUGUGUAAUGUGUGUGAUCAAAGGAGUCAUAUAGGUAGAUGAGUAAGAAUGUUUAUCUGAAGCUCUGAUUUUUUUAAAAAAA